AUGCGCACCGAGAGGUUUGCGCGUGCGCGUAGAGGUCACGUGUGGCGGCUGAGGCGUGCUCCCGACUGCGGCGUUCUCUCUGAGGCGAGCGACGCGAGGAGUGGCAUGGCUGAAGCGAGCGCUGCAAUGGCCGAAGACGCUAAGCCCGACGCAGACACGGUGCAGGUGCUGCGGGACAUGGCCAAUCGCCUGCGCAUCCGUUCCAUUAGGGCCACGUGUGCCUCUGGCUCCGGCCACCCCACAUCGAGCAGCAGCGCUGCUGAGAUCAUGUCUGUGUUGUUCUUCCACACGAUGAGGUACAAACAGUCAGACCCAGAGAACCCACACAACGACCGCUUCAUCUUCUCAAAGGGCAUUGCAGCUCUAGCCCUCCGUGCCGCUUCAGAGGCGGGUGACAUCAGCAAACCCAACUCGCUGAGCUUGAGGGAAAUUGACUGUGACUUGGAGGGGCAUCCUACCCCUAGACUGUCGUUUGUUGGUGUGGCAUCAGGCUGGCUGGAGCAAGGACUAGGCGCUGCAUGUGGGAUGGCUUAUACUGGCAAGUACUUUGACAAGGCUAGCUAUCGGGUCUUCUGCCUGAUGGGAGACAGUGAGUCCUCGGAAGGCUCUGUCUGGGAGGCUUUGGCCUUUGCGUCCCACUACAGCUUGGACAACCUCGUGGCGAUCUUUGAUGUGAACCGCUUGGGGCACAGCAGCGCCCUGCCCCUUGAGCACUGCACAACCAUCUACCAGAAACGCUGCGAGGCCUUUGGGUGGAAUACUUACGUGGUGGAUGGCCAUGAUGUAGAGGCGCUCUGCCAGGCAUUUUGGCUAGCAACUCAAGUGAAGAACAAGCCCACGGCGAUAGUGGCCAAGACCUUUAAGGGCCGGGGGAUUCCAAAUGUUGAGAGUGCAGAGAAUUGGUAUGGAAAGCCGAUGUCAAAAGAAAGAGCAGAUGCGAUUAUCAAGUUAAUUGAGAGCCAGAUAGAGACCAGCAGGGAUCUCGUGCCGAAGCCCCCCAUUGAAGACUCACCUCAAAUCAAUGUCAUGGAUAUAAAACUAACCACACCACCUGCUUACAAAGUUGGCGACAAGGUGGCUACUCGGAAAGCUUAUGGCCUGGCUCUGGCUAAGCUGGGCCAUGCAAACAAGAGAGUCAUUGUUCUGGACAGUGACACCAAGAACUCCACCUUCUCUGAGAUGUUCCAGAAAGAGCACCCUGAGCGGUUCAUUGAGUGUUUCAUCGCUGAGCAGAACAUGGUAAGUGUGGCCCUGGGCUGUGCCACUCGUGGGCGAACCAUUGCUUUUGCUAGUACCUUCGCUGCCUUUUUGACCCGAGCAUUUGAUCAGAUCCGGAUGGGAGCCAUCUCUCAAACCAACAUCAACCUUGCUGGUUCUCACUGCGGGGUGUCCAUCGGUGGGGAUGGACCCUCGCAGAUGGCCCUGGAGGACCUGGCCAUGUUUCGCGUCAUUCCCAAUUGCACUGUUUUCUAUCCAAGCGAUGCCGUCUCAACAGAACAUGCUGUUUAUCUGGCUGCCAACACCAAGGGGAUGUGCUUCAUCCGGACCAGCCGGCCAGAAACUGCGGUGAUUUAUGCCCCAGAAGAAUGCUUUGAGAUCGGACAGGCCAAGGUCGUCCGCCACAGUGACCAUGACAAGGUCACAGUUAUCGGAGCUGGGGUGACUCUGCACGAAGCCUUAGCAGCUGCUGAGGAGCUUUCUAAACAAGAUAUUUCUGUCCGUGUCAUUGACCUGUUUACCGUUAAACCCCUGGAUGCUGCCACCAUCAUCUCCAGUGCAAAAGUCACAGGUGGCCACAUUAUCACUGUGGAGGAUCACUACAGAGAAGGUGGCGUUGGGGAAGCCGUCUGUGCAGCUGUUGCCAUGGAGCCUGACAUCCUGGUCCAUCAGCUGGCAGUAUCGGGAGUGCCUCAAAACGGGCAGCCCAGUGACCUGCUGGACAUGUUCGGAAUCAGCGCCAGGCACAUCAUAGAGACCGUGAGGGGCAUUGUAAUGAGCCAGUAGAGCUGGUUUCUGAAAAAGCUGCUCAGCUGCCUUGGCCUUAAGACUCUGGCAUCUUUAUAUCCCAUUCAUGUUUGUUGUUCCAAAACCACAUUUUAAACCUUUUCAAAAGCAAAGCUGCUUCACACCUUUGUUCGUUCCUAAUCCAGAAAUUCAAGUUAGCUCCGUUUCCGUUAAACUACAACUCUGGAAACAAAUGUCACUCUCAUUUGUAAGUUAUCAAAGUGGGCUGUAAAAUUGUAAGUAACAAUAGCAAGCAAAACUACCACUGUCCCAGCUGCAGCUCUCAUCUACUGCCAUCCUACCUGCAGUUUCUGGGAUAGCGUGUGCCUGCAGUCACCUUAGAAUGUCCUCUGUUGUUUGUUGUCAUCUCCCCUGUUAGGUUGUCCUGUGCUGCUCACGGUGACUGCUCUGUAAGAGAUGAAAUCACAACUAGUUCUAGGCUGCAAAUGAGACACGUUGCCUUUCCUGUGACCAAACCAGACUGCUGCCUUGAUUAUAUUCAGAUACUAAGGAUACUAGUUAAAGUCAGUGUUAAUAAAGCAUCUGAAAAGCAGCUGCUUGAUUCCGUGU